AAUAAGAUUUGCAAGCCUCAAAGAUAUAAGACAUUAUACUUAUGUGCAUGAAUGAGGCAAAUAGGCAGACAAAUUAAUGUGUUUUCAGAAUAUCGUUUACCUUAUUUGUUAUUUGAAAAGUUUUAUAAUCUCCACAUUUGUACUAACCAAGAUAGUCAAGAUCUUAAAUAAUCUAUUUUGAUAAAGUCACUUUGCUAAGUCUAUCCCUAAAUAUUUGGUAAAAAAAAUGGUUCCUAAUCUUUAAUACUCGUCAAUUAAAUAUUAUUUGUAAUAAGAUUAAUUAAGUUUUAACAUUCUCAAAUAUUCUCUUUUUAAUGA